AUGUGUGUUAUAAAAGAAUAUAAAAAUAUAAAUAUAGAACUUAAAAUUCAUUUUAACGUAGAGAGUUUCUAUUAUAGUAACUCAUCCUGGAUAUAUGUCAGAGGAGUGUGUAGUGGUUUUGUAAUAGUUCGUGUGAAUGGACUAACAUUUGUAGAAGAAGUUUUUGUUUUUAUAAAAGGAUGGGUCAUGCAUUUAACACAAAAAGAAAAACAGUUAAUUGGAGUGUUUAUAAGAAGACAAAAACAAAAGAGCGAAAAGAAAACUUAUUAUGGUGAGGUAAUUUUUGCAUCACCAAAGUACUCAAUUUUUGAAGAGCCUUAUAAUUAUAACGAAAAGUCUAUAACAGAACUUGCAUCAGAAACAUAUAAUUAUCCAAUUUCAAUUCGAUUACUAAAAAGAAUAUCUUCAACACAUUAUUUUAAUAGAAAUGAUAGACGUUUAACUUAUUCUUUUUAUAAUGAAGUAUAA